UGUCAGGGCCAUUAUUUUGUCCUCAAGCUGUUGAACAACGGGGCUUCGUGAAAUGAAUUAAAAAUACCGAACGCGGGUGGGCUAUUUUUCUCUUCGCCCACCGCCACGGACAUACAUGGAGUGUCUCGGCCGCUAGGACGGCUUGUCGCAGGGCUAUUGGCUGCCCGAGUGGACUUGGAGGCCCCGAAGACGGUGCUCGGAGUGACAGCCCCGUUAAGAGAAGAAGCAGUAGGCUGGCUGACUGGCUGGCUCUUUAUCUUGUUGGCUAGCCACCUAAAGCUAGCUUCCUAGAUAGCGACUGAAGGAGGGAAGGGGUGGGGGCAUGGGGGCGGGGGGGAGGAGGUACAAAAAUAAAGUAAAAAGGACACAUUGAUAAUCCCGGAAAGAGUGAAACAAUCAACUUGAAGAAGAGAUGGCACACCUACGAGACAUGCAAAACCAGAAUUCACGGUUGGAUCCUGAGGAGUACUUCACCAAGCAAGAGCGCAUUGGCAAGGGCUCCUUUGGAGAGGUCUACAAAGGCAUCAACAACCGCACCAAGGAGGUUGUAGCUAUUAAAAUCAUCGACCUGGAGGAGGCAGAGGACGAAAUUGAAGACAUUCAGCAGGAGAUCACAGUGCUGAGCCAAUGUGAUAGUCCUUUUGUGACCAAGUAUUAUGGCUCAUACCUCAAGGGGACCAAGCUGUGGAUUAUCAUGGAGUAUUUAGGUGGAGGAUCUGCUCUGGAUCUGCUCCGUCCAGGACCACUUGAAGAGACGUACAUUGCCACGAUAUUGCGGGAAAUCCUGAAGGGGUUGGAGUAUUUGCAUUCUGAAAGGAAGAUUCACAGAGACAUUAAAGCUGCCAAUGUGCUCUUGUCCGAGCAGGGCGAAGUAAAGCUGGCUGAUUUCGGGGUGGCGGGACAGUUGACUGACACUCAGAUUAAGAGGAACACAUUUGUGGGCACACCCUUCUGGAUGGCGCCCGAGGUCAUCAAGCAGUCGGCGUAUGACUUCAAGGCUGACAUUUGGUCCCUUGGAAUCACAGCCAUUGAGUUGGCCAAAGCCAAACCUCCCAACUCUGAUUUACACCCCAUGAGGGUCCUCUUCCUUAUUCCCAAAAACACUCCGCCCACCCUAGAAGGAGCUUACAGCAAGCCCUUUAAAGAGUUUGUGGAGGCAUGCCUAAAUAAGGACCCCCGUUUUAGGCCAACAGCCAAAGAGCUGGUGAAGCACAAGUUCAUCACGCGUUACACCAAGAAGACUGCCUACCUGACUGAACUGAUCGACCGCUACCGCCGCUGGAAGUCCGAGGGUCACGGGGAGGAGUCCAGCUCGGACGACUCUGAUAUGGAUGCGGAUAGUGAUGUGGAUUCCUGCCCCAUGUGGACCUUUCCAACAGUCAGACCAAGCUCUUUGAACAAGUUACAAAAGGGCUACACACAUACUGACUUGGAGUCAGGGGAUUCUGUCAAAAGGCAACCCAAGUCACAGUGCUUGUCAGCCUUGGUGACACCCAUCUUCAAAGAGCUAAAGGAGAAGCGGCGAGCGAGUGGCGGCGGAGUUGGCGCCAUCGAGGAGCUGGAGAACGCCUUCAACCUGGCUGAGGAAUCCUGUCCGGGCAUCUCCGACCGCCUCGUCACACACAUGAUGGAGAGAGUGUGCAGGUUUUCUUUAAACGGAAACACCACGCCGUCUUCGCGAUGAAACCCUAAGAUGAAUGUUCAACCCUCACCCAACAAAUCAGACAAGGACCUCAGCUGUGCCCCACCCACCCACUUUUACAACCUGCCCACUCCUCAUCACCCCCGCCCAAGAGACCUUUUAUGUAGUUAUUAAAUAUUUUUACAAUU